ACAAUCAUUUUUAUCAUCAUUUAUUGAUAAUAUAACAAAUAAUCUUUCAAGAUCAAAAAGAAAUUAUCAAUAUAAUGAGUCUGUUAAACGGUUUGCACUAUUAUUAUAUAUAUUAGGUGGUAAAUUAACCUAUGAAUUAAUAAGAAUAAAUUUACCUGGUGCACUUCCUCAUGUGGUGACAUUAAACAGAUUAAUAUCGAAUUCAAAUCACAAUAUAAAUGAAGGUGAAUUUCAAUUUGAUAGAUUAAAACAAUAUUUAAAUUCGAAUGAUGUACAAUUUGGUUUUGUAUCAGAAGAUUGUACUGGUGUCAUCUGUAAGAUAAAAUAUGAUGUUAACACAAAUUCAUUCAUAGGUUUUUCAACACCACUUGAUAAUGGAAUACCACUUUUGCAAUACUAUCAAACUGAUUCAUUUGAAAAACUUAAGACUUGGUUUAGCACAAUUAAGAAAGCACCACUAUUCAACAUACAUAUGUUUCAACCAUUACCAUCAAGUCAUACAAGUUUACCAAGUCCAUUUUUACUAUCUGCCUAUGGUGUUGAAAAUACAUAUACAACAAAUGAUAUUUUACGUCGAUGGUUAUUUAUUUAUGAAUGUUGUAUAAAAAAGCAAAUUCGAAUUAUAGGCUUUUCCUCAGAUGCUGACAGUAAAUAUAUGAGAGCAAUGAGGUUAGUGAGUGGUUUUUUUGCAACUUUACCGGAUUUUAAAUUACAUCAACAUCCAAAUGCAUUUAAAUUAAAUUUAACAUCGAAAUGGUGUUGGUUUUACCUUCGUCAAGAACAACUAUUCUUAUUUUUACAAGAUCCAACACAUUUAGUCACCAAAUGGAGGAAUCGUUUAUUAUCAUCAACAGUUCAAUUAUGUAUUGGUCAACAAAUAAUUACUAUUGAGCAUUUAAGAGAUAUUAUUGAGAGCAGACAAUAUACAAAGUUAGAUCAUAAUUUAAUUAGAACAGAUAUAAAUCCAAAAGAUCAUCAAAAAUUAUCAUUAAUAAUAACAACAUAUAUUCAAACAACAACAUCACUCAAAACACGUUUAAAAUCAGCGUGGAUAAUUGUUUUUGUCUGUCGUCUACGGCUAGCAUGGUUAAAAAAUAAAAUAUUUAAAAAUCAAUCAUCGACACCAAUAAAUAAAGAUAAAUAUUUUAUAACAAGAACAGCGUAUUUAUCAGUUGAGUUAAAUGCUCAUAAUUUAUUAUUUCUGAUAUUAUUAGUCCAACAAAAACAAUUACCAAAAGAUUCAUUACAUAUUUUUUUAUUUAAUUCACAAUCUUGUGAAGGAAUGUUCCGGAAUGCAAGAUCGUUAAGUGGUGCCUAUUCCACAAUAGUGAACUUCACAACUCAUCAUUUCCUUCGGCAUGAUGUUGAUUAUUUGGAUAUAGAACAGGUUAUAUCAGAAACAUAUGAAGCAUCAGUUGAAUUAAUUGAAAAUUUAGGAAUAACAGCAUUAUUAAAAAAACAGCAAAUAUAUAAAAUAGAAAAAUUAAGUGAAUUUAUAUUUAAUGAAUUAAAUUCGAUGUCAAAAGUGUAUGAUAAUUUAACAGGAAAAAUACACGAUGACGACGACAUGAAUUCAGAAUCAGAUGAUCUAUAA